CUGGUCGUCUCUUGGUCCGACGUAGCGGCUGCCCCUUGGCCACCGUCGCUAUGUCGCGACAGAGCACCUUGUAUAGCUUCUUUCCCAAGUCUCCCCCGCUGAAUAAAGCCAGCCAGGCCCCAGCCAGGCCCUCUAGCGACGGCGACACUGCCGCCAGCCCCCGGGCCUCGCCUACCCGCAGUGGGGGUGCGGCCCGGAGCGAGGCCGGGCCUGGGCCGGUGGCGGGCUCCGCGCCGCCACGCGAGGAGAAGAAACUCAACGGAGGGCUGCGGACGCCGGAGGUCCCCGCCAGUGCUUAUGAUUUCACGCCAGGUGAUCUGGUUUGGGCCAAGAUGGAAGGUUACCCCUGGUGGCCUUGCUUGGUUUACAACCACCCUUUUGAUGGGACGUGCAUCCGGGAGAAAGGGAAGUCAGUCCGAGUUCAUGUACAGUUUUUUGAUGACAGUCCAACAAGGGGCUGGGUCAGCAAAAGGCUAGUAAAGCCAUAUACAGGAUCAAAAGCAAAGGAAGCCCAGAAGGGAGGGCAUUUUUACAGUGCAAAGCCUGAAAUACUUAGAGCCAUGCAACGUGCAGAUGAAGCCUUAAGUAAAGACAAGGUUAAGAGGCUUGAAUUGGCAGUAUGUGAUGAGCCCUCGGAGCCAGAAGAAGAGAUGGAGGUCGAUGUAACCAAUGCGGUAGAUAAGCAUGAAGAAGAUAAUGCAGUGGAGAGUGAAGAGGAAGUGCAGCCUAAGAUAGAAGGACCUAGGCGAAGUAGCCGCCAAGUUAAAAAACUCAGAGUCAUAUCAGACUCUGAGAGUGACAUUGGUGGUUCUGAUGUGGAAUUCAAGCCAGAUGCCAAGGAGGAAGGAAGCAGCGACGAAGCAAGCAGUGGGAUGGGGGACAGUGAGAGCGAAGGCCUGUACAGGCCUGCCAGGGUCACUGCAAAGCGGAAGAGAAUGGUGGCUGGAAACGGCUCUCUGAAGAAGAAAAACUCAAAGAAGGAAGUGCCCCAUACCACUCAAAAAGCAACUGGCAUUUCACCAGAAACCAAGAGUAAUUUGGGUGCUUUUGCUGCUCCUCAAAGUUCUGAAUCCCAAGCCCACACUAGCGGAGGGGAUGACAGUGGCCGCCCCACUGUCUGGUAUCACGAAACGUUAGAAUGGCUUAAGGAGGAGAAGAGAAGAGAUGAACGGAGGAGACGGCCUGAUCACCCUGAAUUUGAUGCGGCCACACUCUAUGUGCCUGAGGAUUUCCUUAAUUCCUGUACUCCUGGGAUGAGGAAGUGGUGGCAGAUUAAGUCUCAGAAUUUUGAUCUGGUCAUCUUUUAUAAGGUGGGAAAAUUUUAUGAGUUAUACCACAUGGAUGCCCUCAUUGGAGUUAAUGAACUGGGCCUGGUAUUCAUGAAAGGCAACUGGGCCCAUUCUGGUUUUCCUGAAAUUGCAUUUGGCCGAUAUUCAGAUUCCUUAGUGCAGAAGGGUUAUAAAGUGGCGCGAGUGGAACAAACUGAGACCCCAGAAAUGAUGGAGGCACGGUGCCGGAAGAUGGCACAUGUAUCUAAGCACCAUAGAGUGGUGAGGAGGGAGAUCUGUAGGAUCAUCACCAAGGGCACACAGACCUACAGUGUGCUGGAAGGUGAUCCCUCAGGGAACUACAGCAAAUACCUUCUUAGCCUCAAAGAAAAAGAGGAAGAUUCUUCGGGCCACACUCGCGCAUACGGUGUAUGCUUUGUUGAUACUUCAUUGGGAAAGUUUUACAUAGGUCAGUUUUCUGAUGAUCGCCAUUGUUCUAGGUUCAGGACUCUAGUGGCACACUAUCCUCCAGUACAAGUCUUGUUUGAAAAAGGGAACCUCUCAACAGAAACCAAGAUGAUCCUUAAGAGUUCAUUAUCCUCUUCUCUUCAGGAAGGGCUGGUAUCAGGCUCCCAGUUUUGGGACGCAGCCAAAACUUUGAGAACUCUCCUAGAAGAAGGGUAUUUUACAGAAAAGCUAAAUGAGGACAGUGGGGUGAUGUUGCCGCAGGUGCUUAAAGAUAUGACCUCAGAAUCUGAUUCCAUUGGCUUGACACCAGCAGAGAAGAGUGAGUUGGCCAUCUCUGCUCUGGGUGGUUGUGUUUUCUACCUCCAAAAAUGUCUUAUAGACCAGGAGCUUUUGUCAAUGGCUAAUUUUGAAGAAUAUAUUCCCUUGGAUUCUGACAUAAUUAGUGCCACAAGACCUGGUGCUGUCUUUGCUAGAGCCAAUCAACGAAUGGUGCUAGAUGCAGUGACAUUAAACAAUUUAGAGAUUUUCUUGAAUGGGACAAAUGGUUCUACUGAAGGGACUCUGCUAGAGAGGAUUGACACGUGCCAUACUCCUUUUGGUAAGCGGCUUCUAAAGCAGUGGCUUUGUGCCCCACUCUGUAGCCCUUUCCCUAUCAACGAUCGAUUGGAUGCCAUAGAAGACCUCAUGGCUGUACCUGACAAAAUCUCUGAGGUGGUAGAUCUUCUUAAAAAGCUUCCCGACCUCGAGAGGCUGCUGAGCAAAAUACAUAAUGUUGGCUCUCCCUUGAAGCUCCAGAACCACCCAGAUAGCAGGGCUAUAAUGUAUGAAGAAACAACAUAUAGCAAAAAGAAGAUUAUUGAUUUUCUUUCUGCUCUAGAAGGAUUCAAAGUAAUGUGUAAAAUUAUAGAGAUAAUGGAAGAAGUUGUUGAUGGCUUUAAGUCUCAACUCCUCAAGCAGGUCAUCACUCUCCAGACAAAAAAUCCUGAAGGCCGUUUUCCUGACUUGACUACAGAACUUAACCGAUGGGAUACAGCCUUUGACCAUGAAAGAGCCCGGAAGACUGGGCUUAUUACUCCUAAAGCAGGAUUUGACUCAGAUUAUGACCAGGCUCUUGCGGACAUAAGAGAAAAUGAGCAGAGCCUCCUGGAGUACUUGGAGAAACAGCGCAGUCGGAUUGGCUGUAGGACCAUAGUCUACUGGGGAAUUGGUAGGAACCGGUAUCAGCUGGAAAUCCCAGAGAGUUUCACCAACCGUAAUUUACCAGAAGAAUAUGAGUUGAAAUCUACUAAGAAAGGCUGUAAACGAUACUGGACCAAAACUAUCGAGAAAAAGUUGGCUAAUCUGAUGAAUGCAGAGGAACGAAGAGAUGUGUCACUGAAGGACUGCAUGCGGCGGUUAUUCUAUAACUUUGAUAAAAAUUACAAGGACUGGCAGUCGGCUGUAGAGUGUGUUGCAGUGCUGGAUGUUUUGCUUUGUUUGGCUAACUACAGUCGAGGGGGUGAUGGCCCUAUGUGUCGUCCUGUGAUUCUCUUGCCAGAAGGUGACACACAUCCCUUCUUAGAGCUUAAAGGAUCACGGCAUCCCUGCAUUACCAAGACCUUUUUUGGAGAUGACUUUAUUCCUAAUAACAUAUUAAUAGGCUGUGAGGAAGAGGAGGAAAAGGACAGCGCUUUUUGUGUGCUUGUUACUGGACCGAAUAUGGGGGGCAAAUCUACACUCAUGAGACAGGCUGGCCUGUUAGCUAUCAUGGCCCAGAUGGGUUGCUAUGUGCCUGCUGAAGUGUGUAGGCUUACACCGAUUGAUAGAGUAUUUACUAGACUUGGAGCCUCAGAUAGAAUCAUGUCAGGUGAAAGUACAUUUUUUGUUGAGUUGAGUGAAACUGCCAGUAUACUUUCACAUGCAACAGCACAUUCUCUGGUGCUUGUGGAUGAAUUAGGGCGAGGUACUGCAACAUUUGAUGGGACAGCAAUAGCAAAUGCAGUUGUUAAGGAACUUGCUGAGAAUAUAAAGUGCCGAACAUUGUUUUCUACUCACUACCAUUCAUUAGUAGAAGAUUAUUCUCAAAAUGCUGCUGUGCGCUUAGGACACAUGGCAUGCAUGGUGGAAAAUGAAUGUGAAGAUCCCAGCCAGGAGACUAUAACCUUCCUCUAUAAAUUCAUUAAGGGCGCUUGUCCUAAAAGCUAUGGCUUCAAUGCAGCAAGGCUUGCUAACCUUCCAGAAGAGGUUAUUCAAAAGGGACACAGAAAAGCAAGAGAAUUUGAGAAGAUCACAAAGUCACUGCGAUUAUUUCGAGAAGUUUGCCUGGUGAGUGAAAAGUCAAUUGUAGAUGCUGAAGCUGUCCACAAGUUGCUGACCUCGAUUCAGGAAUUAUAGAACAUAUUUGAAAAGUGUUGACUUGACGAAGGUGGUAAAUCCGGACAACAUUAUGAUCUAAUAAACUUUAUUUUUUAAAAAUGA